AUGACGGUACCGCCGUUCGUAAAGUCUUGCACUGUCAAGCUUCUGCUUCCCGGAGCACUUUUAGCAGCUGCAAUAAUCAGGCCAAGCUUCCUAUCAAUCGGCUAUGUGGUUCUUGCUCUGUUCAGUGCAGUAGUGCCUCCAAUUCGAAAAAGUUUAGCUCUUCCCAAAAUAGUCGGUACAUUCGUCACUAUCACAUUCUUAUUCUGCCUGGCAGUUGCAUUAGGAAUUGGUUCUUACCAGAUCUCGGAACAAUUUGUGCAUAAAAAUGACAGAACCUACAUCUGCAAUCGCUCUGACACUACUCUAUUCCGAAGUAUCGGUCUUGUUCGUUUCCAUCCAACUGGAACUUUUGAUUCAACUCGAGCCUUCCUUCCGGAAAUUAUUGCUCUCUCUGCUUCUCUUCUCUCUUUUAUCAUUGUCAUGUUUAUGUCGCACCGAGAUGAACAAUUGGAUACUGUUGGAGAUGUUGUGACUGUUAGAAGUGAAUCCGGUCGUGAGCAACGGCGACAGCGAAAAAUGGCAGCGAUCAUGUGGAGUGCAAUCGGGAAUUCAUUGAGACGCCUCACAAAUUUCGUGAUUUUCCUCUUCACCGCCUAUGUCGGAAUCGUGAAACCGUCUGUCAGUAACUCGAUUUACUUCGGUGCAUUUCUGUUCAUUUCGACCUGGUGGGCAACGUAUACACCAUUGAGACACGGAGUUUACAAUCAAAUCAAGAAAUUCCUCAUUUUCUAUUCUGCAAUUCACGUCUUGGUUCUCUACACCUAUCAGAUUCCAAUCGUUCACAAUUCAUGGCUCCCAACUGGAUCGUUUCUAUCUCGUCUCUUCGGACUCACUGUUCUCAUGGAUUCUUCUUGUCCGGAGUGGUGGAAAUUUCCAUUUGUCGCGCCAGAUUUUAAUGAUGAUGAUUUGAUAAUGAAAUGGCCGUUGUAUGCGAAUCCCAUAGUUGUUCUGAUAUUCUACUAUUUGACUGUUGCUCAAUACAAAUUCACCAGAAACGGAUCUCGCCAAUACAUCGAUGACAAUGACUACGGAUCGUCGGUACAUGAAGAACGUUUUGCAUCCGGUGCAACUGUCGACACGAAUGUGGAUGACGUGGGUCAGCUCAUUUCGAUUUCUGAGAGCUCAGCUGCUCCAUCUGGCAGAGGACGUGGCAAUACUUUGCUAUUGUCCACUGCCUCCUCCUCACACGAAGAUGAGCAAGGCCGCGCCCGUUCACGAUCUCCUCUGCGAAACGGCGAGGGACAAAAUUCGAUUCCGAUGCGUAAAGUGACGUCACAAGUGGUCGAUCGUAACAAGUUGAGCAAUAUCUUUAAUUCACCUGGAGAUAAAGAAUCCGCAGCGUCGAAAGGAAUGAUAGCAGUGAUGACUUUUGUGAUCUUCCAUUCGUAUUCAAUUGCGCUGACAGCAAUGAUGACGUGGGCUCUUCUGUAUCACUCGAUUUUCGGAUUGAUCCUUCUGAUUCUCACAUGCAUUCUCUGGAUUUUCCGUGAUACUAGAAGAUCGUCGUUCACAAUGGCUCCAUUGAUCUUGUUGUAUAUCGAGUUUCUUCUUGUUCUCCAAUACUUCCUUAGUAUGGACAUUCAUCAAGAAAUCGGUGACCCAGCAUGGAUGAAUUUUGUUGGAAUCGAAUGGGCAACCAUUCCAGUCCAUGCACUUAUUAUCCUCUGUGUGCAGACUCUUCUCAGUCUUCCCGUCUUCCUACUCCUACGAUUGGCGCGAAGAGAAAAGUAUUACGAAUCAUUGAGUGAUUUUGAACGACAAAGACGAAUUAAUUCAUAUGGAACUUUUGGAGCGUCGAAGACUGGAGCCGGGGGAGUCGCUGUGGCAAAGGAUCCAAAAAGUCGGAAAUUUGCUGCAUUCGUUGAAUAUCUAUCGAACAAAGUGUCAAUUUACUUCAUAUUCGUUGUCUCAUUCGUUCUUCUUCUGGUUUCAAUUCACUUCAAACCAAACUUCUACAAUAUUCUGUUCUUUGCGUUAUGGGCACUCAAUUUGAUUUAUCUCAAGUUUUCCUUCCGAUUGUAUCGUGGAUUGGCGUACGCCUUCUGGCUGACACUUACCUUCUACACAUCGUUUGUUAUUAUCGCCCUCUACAUCUAUCAGUUCCCUGGAGUAUCUCAAUGGAUUAUUGAUAAUACAAAUCUAUCGAAAGAGUGGCUUGAUGCAAUCGGACUUGUCGACUAUUCAGCGAUCGGAGAAUCUGGAGCACUAUUCCUACAACUAUUCGCCCCAAUCGCCCUGUUCGUCGUCACAAUGCUUCAACUCAAAUUCUUCCACGGACCAUGGAGUCGAGCAACAUCACCAAGACGAGCUGCCGAAGAUCCGCCAACAGAAAGUGCGGUGGCGACGACGUCUGAAACAGGAAGAGCCAAUGCAGGAGGUUGGUUGAUUACAGAUUGGGACACUUGA